CGGCGGGGGCCGGGCCAGUGCUGCAGCGGGUUGCAGGGCGGCGCAGAGUCCGGAGGCCGGCGCGCGGAGCGGUCUUCAGCCUCGAUCGCUGCGGCCCAGCCCGCCACGGAGGCGCGCAGGCGGGCGCGCGGAGUGGCCGCUCAGGAAACUACUCAAUGCUGAAGCCUUUCAAAGCGAUAUCAGAGACUUUGGAAGCACCAUGGAUGGGUUUUGUGAUCAGCAAGUCCCUUUUAUGGUCCCAGGGAAAUCUCGAUCAGAGGACUGUCGAGGGCGACCUGUGAUUGACAGAAAGAGGAAGUUUGUGGACACAGAUCUGGCUCAUGAUUCUGAAGAGUUGUUUCAGGAUCUCAGCCAGCUUCAGGAGGCUUGGUUAGCUGAAGCUCAAGUUCCUGAUGAUGAACAAUUUGUCCCAGAUUUUCAGUCUGAUAACUGCUCUCUCACUGAAGAAGCUGGACCUCACCGGUUGGCUAGAGCUGGGACUGCAGUGGUGCUUCAUGCUCCACCCCCCACCAAGAUCAAAAGGGAGCUGCACAGCCCCUCCUCCGAGUUGUCCUCCUGUAGCCACGAGCAGGCUCUUGGUGCUAAGUAUGGAGAAAAGUGCCUCUACAACUAUUGUGCCUACGAUAGGAAGCCUCCCUCUGGGUUCAAGCCAUUAACCCCUCCCGCCACUCCUUUGUCACCCACCCAUCAGAAUUCCCUAUUUCCCCCUCCUCAGGCAACUCUGCCCACCUCAGCUCUUGCCCCUGGAGCUGGCCCAGUUCAAGGGGUGGGUCCCGCUCCGACCCCUCACUCGCUUCCAGAACCUGGAUCACAGCAACAAACAUUUGCGGUCCCCCGGCCACCACAUCAGCCCCUGCAAAUGCCAAAGAUGAUGCCUGAAAGCCAGUAUCCAUCAGAACAGAGAUUUCAGCGACAGCUGUCUGAGCCCAGCCAUCCCUUCCCUCCUCAGUCAGGAGUUCCUGGAGAUAAUCGCCCCAGCUACCACCGGCAGAUGUCAGAGCCCAUAGUCCCCGCAGCUCCGCCACCCCUUCAGGGAUUCAAGCAGGAAUACCAUGACCCACUCUAUGAACAUGGGGUCCCUGGGAUGCCUGGUCCCCCAGCACAUGGGUUCCAGUCACCUAUGGGAAUCAAGCAAGAGCCUCGAGAUUACUGUGCUGACUCAGAAGUGCCUAACUGCCAGUCAUCCUACAUGAGAGGCGGGUAUUUCUCCAGCAACCAUGAAGGAUUCCCAUACGAAAAGGACCCCAGGCUAUACUUUGAUGACACUUGUGUGGUGCCCGAAAGGCUUGAAGGCAAAGUCAAGCAGGAGCCCACCAUGUAUCGAGAGGGGCCCCCUUAUCAACGGCGAGGCUCUCUGCAGCUGUGGCAGUUCCUCGUCACCCUUCUGGAUGACCCAGCCAAUGCCCACUUCAUCGCCUGGACUGGCCGAGGCAUGGAAUUUAAGCUCAUAGAACCAGAAGAGGUUGCCCGUCGCUGGGGUAUUCAGAAGAAUCGGCCAGCCAUGAACUAUGACAAGCUGAGCCGCUCUCUCCGCUAUUACUAUGAGAAAGGCAUCAUGCAGAAGGUGGCUGGGGAACGGUACGUCUACAAGUUUGUCUGUGACCCGGAUGCACUUUUCUCCAUGGCCUUCCCGGACAAUCAGCGCCCGUUCCUGAAGGCAGAAUCGGAAUGCCCCCUCAAUGAGGAGGACACGCUGCCGCUAACUCACUUGAGCCUGGUUAGGGGAACAGUGUCCAUUCAGCUGUUAGAUGACAAGAAGUAUGAGGACAAAAGACUGCGGUUUUGA